AAUUUUAAAUCAUCAUCCGAACACCUAAAAUGUAUGGAGUAAAACAUCACAGACAAUUUUUAAAAUCUGAAGAUCAACUGAUUGUAAAAAACCAGUACAUAUAUAAUAUAUGUUAUCAUUACCCAUACCUUUACCAGCUUAUUCUAAUCAGCUAUAAAGUAAUACCCCACUAAAUAUAUCUCGUUACCUUUUUCUAAUGUUUUUUCUAUAUAAACCAUCUCCACUAGCUAAACCACAACAUAUAUUCAAGAUCUCUCUCUCUUCUUUUUAUUAUUCCUUUAGUCAAAAAUAGAAAAUUCAUUCAGUAGGUAGCUAAAACUAAAUAGUAAUCUUGGGCAGUAGAGAGACAUGUCAGGAGGUUACUACUCAUUAUCGCCGAGGUCCGAAGCUUCUAUGGCUUUUCAUCUUUGCUUCUUUCUUUGCAUACUCUUCAUGUUCGUAGGGCUGUCGUGGUACUCCAAUUACGAGGCCCUGAUAGAGGGCAUGCUAGAUCAGAUCAAGCUGGGACUCAUGGUCUCCCCGCUCCUGCUGCUACUAGCUCUCCACUUGCUUUCCUACAUUGAAACCGCCAGGCCCCACCGACUCGGCGGCUUCUCGUCUUUCAUUCCAUUGCCCGAGAGGGACUCCUUCAAUAGGGCAGGAGGGACUCCCUGGGGAGUUGGCUUUCUUCUGGUUUUCCUAUUCUUUAUGGUCUCUUACCAGUCUUCUUUGCAGGAACGAUGGUUCCCUCUUCUUAGCAAAUGAUAUAUUUAUUAAACUUUCUCUUUUUUCCCCGGUUUUCUUAAGGCUUGUACAAAAGUAUAAAGGGGUGUGACCGUGUGAGGUGUGCUAAAUUAUUUCAUGCAGAAGUACAGGAAAUGUUUUUUUUUUC